AUGGAUCCUCAACAGGAAAUGUCAAAUGAGACAUUGGAAACCAUAUUGGUAAGCUCAACAAAAGGAAGCAUUAAAAAAAUGGAAGAGGAAAUGAAGAAGAAGCUAGGAAAAGGAGAACUAGGAGGUGAAGCUCAAAAGUGUCCAAGAUGUGAAUCUUCAAACACAAAGUUUUGUUACUACAACAACUAUAGUCUCUCUCAACCUCGUUACUUCUGCAAAUCUUGUCGGAGAUAUUGGACUAAAGGUGGUACUCUCCGUAACGUCCCCGUUGGAGGUGGUUGCCGUCGAAACAAACGAUCCUCUUCAUCUUUCUCGAAGAACAUCAAUAAACCUAUCAAUUUCCAUAAUCCACUUUACAAUCCUUUAAUUACGGGAAUGCCAUCUUCCUUUGGUUACGACUCCAUUGAUAUCAACCUCGCUUUCGCUGCUCUUCAUAAACAUUCUCCUUCUCAAGCUACACCUUCUUUUGGGUUUGGAGGCGAUGUUCCUAAUUAUGGAAACUCGACAAACACACACUCUGGCGUGUUAGGAAACGGGUUGAACUUUGGAGGGCAAAACAGUAAUUUCAACAAUGGUAGUUUGUGUUAUGGUUUCAUGUCCGGAAAUGAAAAUGAAAGCAAAACAACUUCGUCUUUGGGGAUUUCUCUGGAGGGAAACGAGAGAAAGCAAGAGAAUGUGAACAACAACAACAAUGUCUCAGAGAGUUCAAGCAAGGCUUUAUGGGGAUUUCCAUGGCAAAUGACCGGGAAUUCUGCUGGAGGUGUACUGGAGAUUGAUUCGGGAAGGGAAAGCUGGAAUGGGUUGGUUUCAUCUUGGAAUAAUGGUUUACUUAACUCUCCUUUGGUCUAGAUUAAGAUAUCUAAUAAAGAAAUAAUAUUACUAUAUUAAAGUUUAUGUCAUCACAUGUUUGUACACCACUGUCACUAUAUGGGGAUUUUGGUUUUUCAAAUUCUAUCUUUUUUAUUUUCCCACUUUUCUUCUAGACAAAUUACUAAAGAGUUCUUUUUAAGAAAAUGGUUUCUUCUUUCAUGUUUAAAUUUGUAAUUUAACGGUGGCUUGGCUGG